AUGGAGACCGAGUCCCGGGCGCAGACAUCAAAUCAGACGCAAACAGAUUCAUUAUCUCCAUCCCCUAAUCCUGUGUCACCUGUGCCUCUGAAUAACUCAACAAGUGCCCCAAGAUAUGGAACAGUGAUCCCUAAUCGCAUCUUUGUAGGAGGAAUUGACUUUAAGACAAAUGAAAAUGACUUAAGAAAAUUUUUUUCCCAGUAUGGCUCUGUAAAAGAAGUGAAGAUUGUAAAUGACAGAGCUGGAGUGUCCAAAGGGUAUGGUUUUGUCACUUUUGAAACUCAAGAAGAUGCGCAAAAAAUUUUACAAGAGGCUGAAAAACUUAAUUAUAAGGAUAAGAAACUGAACAUUGGUCCAGCAAUAAGAAAACAACAAGUAGGGAUCCCUCGUUCCAGUAUAAUGCCAGCAGCUGGAACUAUGUAUCUAACAACUUCUACUGGAUAUCCCUACACAUAUCAUAAUGGUGUUGCUUAUUUUCAUACUCCAGAAGUAACUUCUGUACCACCACCUUGGCCUUCGCGUUCUAUAUCUAGUUCCCCUGUGAUGGUAGCUCAACCAGUUUAUCAGCAACCAGCAUAUCACUACCAGGCCCCUACCCAGUGUCUACCAGGACAGUGGCAGUGGGGUGUUCCUCAGUCUCCUACGUCUUCUGCUCCAUUCUUGUAUCUGCAACCUUCUGAGGUUAUUUAUCAGCCAGUAGAAAUUGCACAAGAUGGUGGAUGUGUUCCUCCACUGUCUUUGAUGGAAGCUUCAGUUCCAGAGCCUUAUUCUGAUCAUGGAGUUCAAGCAGCAUAUCAUCAGGUUUAUGCUUCAAGUGCCAUUGCUAUGCCUGCGCCUGUGAUGCAGCCUGAACCAAUUAAAGUAAGAAGCUUAUUUUGA